GAAUAUAAAGAAAAUGAAAAUAUUGCUUAUACUUCUCUGAGACCGAUACAGAUUACAACUUUAAGGAAAAAAGCCAAAGUUUAUCUCUACCCGUUUUCACUCAGCAAUUCCAGGCUAGACCUAUUUAAGUUCUCCAAAUCUCUGGUUGAAAAUAAUUCUAGCAAAUCAGUGGUUCAUAAGAAGACAGAUCGGAAGAAAACUUGGAGAAAGGUUUUAACUUCAAAAAUGAAGGCUUUAUCUUCCAAGGCGGAAUCUCUUCUGCUGAAACCAUCCUUGGAAACUUAUACUGAAAGUACCAAGCUGGACCACAAGAGCACCUCGGAUUCAGUGACUCCCAGUGUGGACAUGGAGAGCAGCGAUGAAGACAGUGCAGCAGGCCUGGAUGAUUUUUCAGGAUUGUCACCUUAUGAGAGGAAGAGAAUGAGGAACAUCAGAGAAAAUGCAAAGUUUUUUGCUUCCCUUCAGCUAGCUGAGUCAGCUGCAAGGCUCCGUGGAAUGAUCAAGAAGAGCGUGCCACCUGAAUUAAAGAGAAAGAGGCCUAAGAAGAAAGAAACUGAAAUCGGAUGUCGAAGGUCCAUGCGGUUGUUGAAAGUAGACCCUUUGGGAGUUUCAUUACCAGCAUCUCCAACACAGCCAGCAUUAGUAGAAGAAGAAAAUCCUUUGUUACCUCCUGGACCCUUAGAAAUGAUUCCUGAAAAUCAAGAUGACAGCAGUAAACUGUUCAAAGCUUCUUUGAAGACCUGGGCAGAGAUGAGCCAGACAAGUAAUGGAAAGACCAAGAAGGGGCUAUCUAGUAUUAAAAGCUACAAAGCCAAUUUAAGUGGUAUGGUCAUCAGUGAAGCUACUGUUCGUAAGGUGACCAAAGGAGCAAUCUCCUCUGUGGCCCUCCAUCCAUCAGAAGUGAGAACCUUGGUAGCAGCUGGGUCCAAGUUUGGACAAAUUGGACUUUGGGAUUUGACCCAGCAGGGUGAAGAUGGGAUAUAUGUUUUCCAUCCUCACAGUCGGCAUGUUAGCUGCCUUUCCUUCUCACCCACCAACCCAGCCCACCUACUGUCCCUGAGCUAUGAUGGCACACUGCGAUGUGGCGAUUUUUCCAGUGCUGUUUUUGAAGAGGUGUACAGAAACGAGACAAACAGCCUGUCUUCCUUUGACUUCUUGGACAAUGCCUCCAGUCUGCUAGUGGGACACUGGGAUGGACAUUUGUCACUGGUAGAUAGACGGACACCUGGAACUUCUUAUGAGAAGUUUUUUAGUUCAACUUCGGAAAAAAUAAGAACUGUUCAUGUCCACCCAUUAUCCAGACAGUAUUUCAUCACAGCAGGAUUGAGGGACGUUCAUAUUUUUGAUGCCAGGUUCCUGAAGUCCAAGGGAAGCCAGCCUUUGAUCUCCUUGACUGAGCACUCGAAGAGCAUUGCCUCUGCGUAUUUCUCCCCCGUUACUGGUAACAGAGUGGUGACCACAUGUGCUGACUGUAAGCUCAGGGUCUUUGACAGCAGCUCCAUAUCUUCCCAGCUUCCUCUCCUCAGUACCAUCAGGCAUAACACAUUCACUGGGAGAUGGCUAAUGAGGUUCCAAGCUGUGUGGGACCCUAAACAAGAAGAUUGCUUCAUAAUUGGUAGCAUGGCCCACCCACGGCGGGUGGAAGUCUUCCACGAGACGGGGAAGAAUGUGCAUUCUUUUGAGGGAGAAUGUCUUGCAUCUGUGUGUUCCCUCAGUGUUAUGCAUCCUACAAGAUAUAUUCUGGCUGGAGGUAAUUCCAGUGGAAAGUUACAUGUUUUUAUGCAUCAAGAAACCUCAGUCAUUGGGUAGGUUCAACAAAUUGGUCAAGUUGUUCUGUGGCUAAGGAACCUAGAGACUUGUUGGACUCAGCUUAGUGCAUCUGUUUGGUCAUGUGUUACAUUUAGUAAAUAUAACAUUGCUUCUCAGUGAGACCUCCACACAGAAUGUAGUAUUAGCAAGGGAGGAACUUGAAGGCCAUUUCUAGAGGAUGAGGGAGAGACCUGGAGCAGAAACUUGGGUGCUUUCAAGUACUUUUUGAUUGUUUUGAGACAGGAUCUUGUGUGGCACAGGCUGGCCUCAGACUCUGUAGCCAAGGAUGACCUGGACCACAUGAGCCUCUUGCCCCAGCCUCCUGAGUGCUAAGAUCACUGGCGUGUCCCUGUGCACUUGGCAUCUUCCAGCACUUUAAUUAGGCUGUACUUUGCAAAAUUCUAACAAAUGAUAAAGCUUUCAGUGGUCAUUAUUAACCUUCUGUGACAAAAUGAGACCAUUUUGAUGCAAUAGUAAUCUAUAGAUCUGUGAUUUAUUUAGUUUGGGGUGAAUAAUUAUUUCUCAACACUGGAGUAGGUCCUAAAAGGUCAUCUAAUUAUGAAGCAUUAUUGAACUGCAGAGACUGUCCCAUGCUUGACAAGUAUUCUACUGACUCAUACCCCACCUUUGAAACUUACAUGUUUGUUUUGCUUUGUUUUUGAGCCUGGAUACUUGCUAUGUAGCCCAGGUUAGCUUUGAACUUAGUCCUUCUGCCUCACUUUUCCAAGUGCUAGGACUAUAGGUGUGUACUACUAUGCCCAGCCAGAACUUUUUUUAAGUUUUAUAAGCUAAGAACUUUUUUUUUUGGGGGGGGGGGGUGUCCUUGUAUCUCAGUUCAGUGUUACUUGAAAUCCACCGUAAUCAUUGGAGAACAGUUGGCUUCUAUAACUCAGGCCUGCUUGGAGCUCUGUCUGUCCCCUACCUCUGGGCAGCUCCUGAAAUGGGCCAGGACAGUACUGUGUUUGAACUUUUACAAUUAGCCUGUAUUCUAGUGAAUAACUGUGUACAGACUGAGCUCCAGACAAGGGUUUUGUAGCUUUUCACAUGAAAUUAGUAACCCCAGUGUACUGACAGUUUUGGAGUUUUGAUUUCUUUAAAAACACAGAAAUAUAAGACUUUUUGUUUUAAUCCCACAAUAUAGGGUUACUUCAUAUUGUCCACAGCAGGUGAUUAUGAUUUGCUUCAUGCUCUUAGCAGGGUGUGGUUGUGCCAGCUGCAGAUAGUUUCUGCAAUUGUGUGACAUUUGAAAUUCUGGGAACUUUCAGAGGGUAUAUAAAUGCUAGAGCCCUAACAGACAGGGUGGGGUGGUGGUUGGUCGUUCAGGGGAUUGGCUGUGAUUUGUUAGUAGUUGUGCUUAAAGAAGAAGCAAAAGGAAAGAUUACAUUCAGGGAUGUCUCCUCCCCUCCCCCAUUUCUUUCCUUCUUACCUCUAUCCUCUUAUCUAGUAUUGGGGAUCAAGUGGGAGCCGAGAAAGGGUGGCAAAAAGAAUCCACAAAGUCGUAAAGACCAACCACAGUCCACAGGUGGAAUAAGAAGAAUUGAGUCCCAGUUUUGGGCACCACUUCUAUCCGGUCUAAUUUUUUUCCCUUUGCUUCUUCUUUGAUCACUACUACUAGCAAACAGUGAGUAACCAACCCCCCUGAACAGCCAAUAACCACUAACCGUCCCUCUUGGGGCCCUCACAUUUAUAUACCCUCUGAAAAGUUCCCAGAAUUCCAGAUAACACACAAUCACAGAAGUUAUCUGCAGCUGGCACGGCUCUGCUAGAGCACAACAAAAAUCAGUCAGCUACUGUGGACAAUCUGAAGCAGCCUCAUAUCCCACACCUGGGAUUAAAACAACAUUCUUAUAUUUCUGUGGUUUUUUUGUUUUUUGUUUUUGUUUUUAGAAACCAAAAUUCUAGAAUUCUUACUCUAUUCUAGCAUUUGAGAGGUAGAAGCAGAAGUUCAAGGCCAAUGUGGCUCACCUUCCCUUUCCCCAAAUUAAAACACACAAAGUAAAACUAUGGUAUUUUUAUUUUAGAGUACUUUAAAGUAAAAUUUAGCUUCAUUUGCAUAUAUGCAUAUAUAUGUUUAUAUAUAUUCUGCUGAAUCAGUGGCCUGGUGUCACAGUGUAUUCAACAUUUUUCCAUUGUUAUUUGCCAAAGUUACUACUGAAGGACUUAUAAAUAAAUAGCUUAAGCAGUAUGUUUGGAUUGUAAAAGGGAAUACUCAAUUAUAUGUCAGAGAAAUAAAGUGAUAUUAAUUUUCCUUGAA